AUGGCGCGUAAACUGCCAUGGAAGAGAGCUGGAUUAGGCUCGAUUAGCACGCCGGAGCCAGCCCAGUUGACUCCUGAUGAAAAGAAAAUAAAGCGAGAUGUAGACGAUGUAGACGACGGGGAUGAAUCCACUUCUAGUUCUAGUUCUACUAACAAUAAGAAUAAGCGGACCAAAAUAUCUACUAAGCCAAAGUCCAAGUCCAAGUCUACAACUCCUACCCGGAUAGCUCGACCUAGGUCAACGUCACCUCCCCCAGAACCAUUGCCAGAAAGCUAUAUGAUUGAGGGGCUUGAACACGAUGACCUUUAUCGCAUGGUCGAGGACGAGUUCCUAUCCACAGCGCAGCAAUUCACUGCUCAUCUUCACGCGGUUGAAUAUCAUCGGCUUAAAGCCGCUAUCAAAACACAGAAUGCCGACACGAUCAGAAAUAUUUCCAGACCGGUGGUUGGGCGCAUGACUGACUUGGUAGAAAAAAAACAGGGACGCAAAGCUCGUCUUGCGAAGCAGGAAGCAGCGACUAGAAGGGCAUUGGCGAAUAAUGGUCAAAAUGCUGAUAAUGAAGAGGGCUCGUGCCAUAGUUCGUCACUAUACGGACUGAUGGAGAGCCCAAGAAAACAAGCUACCCGUUUGGAUAAUCUCACCAAAAUAGCCACUACAACCCGCGCCGCUGCUGGCUUUAGCGGAGCCAAACCUCGAUUACUGUUUCCCACGCCCCGGCCAACCUUUACCAGUAUUCCUGGUAUCAAGCCCAUGGCUAAGGCACCCGCAAAUGAAGUAGAUGAUGAUGAGACCGAGGGAGAUGACGAUGACGACCUUGAGGGUCCUUCUCUUACGAUGCCUGUGCAAAGAGGUCAACGAGAAAUAUCGUCCCGGCCCAUAAAGCAAGAAGGGAAUCAAGCAGUACGCCGCCCUGUGACAAUGACGCAUCCUAACAAGAAUAGCACAAAGCCCAAGGCUCCCGAAGAGGCCGGUUCAUCAGAUGACUCUGGUGGAGGGCUUCUUGGUAGUCUCAAGCGCCGACAGGAAGACCGUAAGCGCACUCGGGAACAGCGUAAAUCAGCAACUAGCAAAACUCAAGCGACAAAAGAUAUAAUUCCAGGAUUCCUAUGA